CAAAAAAGUUACAACAAUAAAUGUCCACAGUGUUCGAUUUAUUUAUCGGAAUUAAAUCGAUUAACUGUUUAUUGUGGAAUCGUGCUAUCACAAUAUGUUUCAAACAAACAAAACAGCUGUUCAUUACGAAGUUUUCUAUUAAAGUAUUUUAUAUUUUUAGAAAUUUACAAAGCAUUACUUGAAAGAAUUAUAAACAUAAAAUUAUUGUAUUAGUAUUGAUUGUAUUGCUUAUCGAAGUAUACGAACUGUUUGCCAACGUUUUAAGUCGUUAUGAUGGAGUCACUCGUGCGAGCUGUGAUAGUGCUUAAUGAUUUCCUUGAAGAAGUUAACGCAGCACCCUGCUAUAGAGAGACACGGCAUUCAUGGUUUACGGAACGCGCAUUAACGCAAAAUUUGCAACAUCACCUUUGGGAUCGAGAAUCGGGUUUAAACCGUUAUAAUAGACGUGGUCGUGUGCCUGUACUAACGCACGAACAGGAGUUUUAUAAAAGCUUCACACCCAAUUUGAGCAUACUGAAUGUAGGAUCUACACUCGGUUUUAUACGCAAAUUCACACCCGAUGGCAAACUGCUGCUAUGUUUCUCUGCUGAACACAAUUGUAUAUGUGUAUAUAAAUAUAUUGGCGUUGGUAGAGUACAACAUGCUUUAUUCGGUAUAAAGAGCGAAGCUGUGCCAGCAACAUUUCAAACGGGGGUAUUACUUACCCGUCAAUUGUUUCCACUACUUUGGAGAAUACAAAUAUUUCCUGAAACAGAAAGAGAUUGGCAAUUACAUCGUGAAUUUAGCAUUUUCAUUGAUGAGGGACGUUAUGUGUUGCUUGCCGCCAAAUCUAUAAUGGGUAAUUCUAAUAUGCCGCGUGAACAUUACCUGAACUUUCCCGAUCUGUAUGAUAAUACUGAUAUUUCGGAUUAUACAUUCUAUUUGAUAGACUUACAUAAAGGUGUUAUAUCAGAUGUAUAUAAAUUACGUGAUUUUGUGUUUUUAUCACAUAAUUAUGGUGUCUCAAUUGCUGGUCACACAAUUGCAAUAUUGUCACGCUGCCGUCAAUGCAUUGACGUGUUGCAAGUGCGUGAAGGUAAAUUUUUUUUACAAUAUCAAGUAAAUAGAGAACAGGAAACAACGAGAAGAGAAGAGCUAGAAAUUGAGUUGCACACAAAGGGUGUGCCGGAGCCGUUUAUGAAAGGAAUAUAUUCACCAUUAAAGCAACAUUGCUUGUCAUACUUGUUCAAAGAAGCCUACAGCGAUGAAAUAGAACAACCAGAAAAAUUGCGUUUAUUCUAUAGGAACUUUAAAGCGUAUGAAGAAAUGCAUAUUACGAAAAUGCAACUUAUUGAUGAAGACACCUUGCUCAUACGUUUUGAAAUCCCAAAGAGACCAUCGUCGUCCGAUGCCGGCAAUGAAAACUUUAAUGCACAAAACCCGAAUUUCAAAUUAUUUGUGUUUUAUUCAAUAUCAGAAGAUUCCGUAUUUAAAAUCUAUCGUGAUGACUCAAAGGAAUUAGUCUAUUUGCAACGAAACUAUUACGAUUAUUUUCGAAAAGUACGUUCGGCACAAACGCGGAGACCAGCUUCAUCGCCUAGCAAUAAUGUUUACUUCCGGACAGCAUUUAAUUGCGCCUUCAAGUCGAGUGGCGGUGUAAAUAAAGCUGCAACGCGUCUCAAUACAAAUCUGCCAAUAAAUGCGCAAGGUGCCUGCUGUUCACCAUAUUUUGACUACAAUAUGUUUAAUUAUAAUGAUCGGAGUAUAACGGCAUUGGAGGUGCCAAAGGUUUUGAAUCCGAAUCCAAUAGUUUUUACAGACCGUUAUACAAAUGUUUUGAAAUUUCGCUUAUAUUUGGAAACAUCGCUAUUAGCUAGAAAUAAGCAAAAGCAACUCGUCUCAUUUGUGUUUCAUCCAUUUGAACCGUUUGCUAUAAGUGUGCAACAAAUUGCUAUUAAUUCGUAUCUCGUUAAUUUUCAUAUAUUUUGUGAAACAACUGUUGUCGCUCCCGGUCCAAGACAAUUGAAGUCUGAUAUAUGGCCAGAUUUAUGUCCAGGAUUUCAAUAAUAAGGUUUUUGUUAUCUACAAUAAUGUAAUGUAUGAAAAAAGAUAUAAACUAUUACUUAGUUUUCCAGAACUAGUUAUAAAAAAACAGCACAAUUACCUGAAAAUUGUAGCCAAUUGACAAUGACAUUAAUUAGUAUAAAAUUAAGUAAUAAUAAUAGUUUAAAUGAAACUUACAAUUUAUAAUUGUAAUAUGUGAUGAAAGCAAAGAAAACGCUUGAAAAACUAAUACUUAGUUUUCUGAAACUAUUUUCAAAAGAAAACAUCCUAAUUACCUGGAAAAUGUAGCCAAUUGAUAUUGUCAUUAAUUUGUAUAAAAAGUAUUAGUAAGCAUAAAUUAUGUGCUGUCAAUUAAUAGUCAAAAUAAUUAAUUUAAAGUUAUUUACGAAAUGUUUUAUAUCAUGUCUAUGCAUAUUCAUUUUGGUAACUAAAGUUUAUUUUUGUAUUUUCAUAGUUAAUGGCAUUACUAUUUUUAUUUAUAAUUAAAAAAUACCUUCAUGUUUCAUGAUUAGUAGGCAAAUAUAAAACCAUCAUUACUACUAUAUUUUUGUCACUAUAUUUUAUUACUACAAUAUAAUUAACAAAAUAUAUCAAAAUUACACUUAUUUUCACUAUUGUAAAAAAUACUUGUAGAAUUUAUAUAAAUUUGAUAGAAUGUUUAUAAAAUGCACCGACAAAAACUCCUACCAGCGGUCUAAAAUAUUCUUAUAAAAAAAUAAUUAUGACAAAUAUAAAAGUGCUUUAUUGAUUUAAAA